UACAGACAGAGGCUCUCUGUCACAGAGGUCCGGCUAGCGGCUUAUUCAUUUAGCUAAUCUCCAUUAUUUAUUAAAUCUCACAUGAGGAUAUUUUGACUGGUGCUGUGGUUGUUGUGGGUCGGAAAAAGGCAAGGACACACAAAUAUACUGAUCUGGUUCCAUUGUCACAGAAGCUGAUCACAGAUUCCUAGUUAGUAGUUUUUAUACCAAACGCAGCUGCAAUGUCGUUUCUAUUUGACUGGGUCUUUAAAGGCUUUAGCGGUGUGCUGCAGUUCCUCGGCUUAUACAAGAAAUCUGGGAAGCUUGUGUUCUUGGGCUUGGACAAUGCUGGAAAAACGACUUUACUCCACAUGCUGAAAGAUGACAGACUGGGACAACAUGUGCCUACACUACAUCCUACCUCAGAAGAGCUGACGAUUGCUGGAAUGACUUUUACCACAUUUGAUCUUGGUGGUCAUUUACAAGCCCGGAGAGUGUGGAAGAACUACCUCCCAGCUGUGAACGGAAUCGUCUUUCUGGUCGAUUGUGCAGAUUAUCCGCGGCUUAUGGAGUCCAAAAUUGAGCUUGAUGCCUUGCUGUCAGACGAGACCAUAUCAAACGUUCCUAUCUUGGUGUUGGGGAAUAAAAUCGAUCGGAUGGAAGCAGUGAGUGAAGGCAAGCUACGGGAAAUGUUUGCUCUUAAUGGACAGACCACUGGAAAGGGAAUCGUAUCAUUGAAGGAGCUGAAUGCACGUCCGUUAGAGGUCUUCAUGUGCAGCGUGCUAAAAAAACAGGGCUACGGAGACGGGUUCCGGUGGCUCUCGCAGUACAUCGACUGAGUAACAGAGGUUUCUGCAUAGAAGGAUUCCUACCUCUGAGCAAUGAACGUUAAGAACAGAGAGACUUGAGACCCUGAUAAAGGACUAAGGAAGAACAUGUAUUAGCAUGAGAAAUAGUUUUUAAAAACUAACACACACACACACACACACACACAAACAACAUUCUUGUCACCUUGAUCAUUCAACUCAAAUUAUCAUUUUAUGACAUUUACAGUAUUAAAGUAUUUAUAAAUACGGUUUGGGCCUAAUAGCUAUUUAUAUCACAUACCUUCACACACACACACACACACACACACACACCAGUAGGCUGAACAUAAGCGUAUUGAUGAGCCUCAUACUAUUGAACUAUUAAAAUGAUGGAAUACAAACUACAGAGUCUCAACUACAAUCCGUGGUUCUGUAUUUAAUAAGUAACAUUAAGUCAUCAACGUGUUUUGCAUUAAAAGGUUAACAUUUCUGCUCCACAUGACUGUGUGUGAAAUGGAAGCGGUUUUCUUUUCCGCUAAACUUUUUUCCCAUGCAAACGCUUACGUAAUGUCCCUCCUGUGUGUUGCCCUUUUGACACGAUUCACACAAUAACCUGUAACUUGUGAUCAAAACGCGACGAUACGGCCAGCUUCUUAACGAUCCUUUUAACCGGUACAUGCUUAUCUUUCUCUUCAACCUUAUACAAUCAUUUAUUCAGGUAUACAAUGUCAUAUUGUAGAUAAUGUUCAUAUUUUGUUGUAAAAGAUCAGUGAAAACAGAUUCAUAAGAGGCUGCAGGGAUUUUAUGAUUAUCCACUGAUGGGAGAGUACAUGCAGCUGUGAGUAGCCUGUAAAAGUGAUUGUCAUCUCUCCAUUUAUUUUGCACAAUAUUCUUGUACGUGGCAGCCUGUUUGUUAUUCCAAUUCAUAACUGAAUUCACCCAUAUUUAAAAUAAUUCAUUGUGUAAAAAAAAAAAAACAUCUAUAAAUAUUUUGAACAAUC